CCAGGAACCGGAAGUCCGGGUUAUAAAAGAAAAGGAGCCGGAAGCUGCGCUGGGUUUUCCUCUCCUGUCCUCUCCUACCUUCGGUCCUGAGUUCGGUCGUUCGCCCGCCGUCCUCGCGUCUCUUCCGCCAUGGCCCUCAGCGAUGCGGACGUGCAGAAGCAGAUUAAGCACAUGAUGGCUUUUAUUGAACAAGAAGCCAAUGAGAAAGCAGAAGAAAUUGAUGCAAAGGCUGAAGAAGAGUUCAACAUUGAGAAAGGUCGUCUUGUGCAGACCCAAAGACUGAAGAUUAUGGAAUACUAUGAAAAGAAGGAAAAGCAGAUUGAGCAGCAAAAGAAAAUUCAGAUGUCCAAUUUGAUGAAUCAAGCAAGGCUGAAGGUCCUCAGAGCAAGAGACGACCUUAUCACUGAUCUGCUGAAUGAGGCAAAACAGAGACUCAGCAAGGUGGUGAAAGAUACAAACAGAUACCAAGUGCUGCUGGACGGGCUGGUCCUCCAGGGCCUGUACCAGCUCUUGGAGCCCCGGAUGUUUGUACGCUGUAAGAAGCAAGACUUCCCUCUGGUGAAGGCUGCAGUGCAAAAAGCGAUUCCGAUGUAUAAAAUUGCCACCAAAAAAGAUGUUGAUGUCCAGAUUGAUCAGGAGGCCUACCUGCCUGAGGAAAUAGCUGGUGGAGUUGAGAUCUACAGUGGGGACCGCAAGAUAAAGGUGUCCAACACCCUGGAAAGUCGGCUGGAUCUCAUAGCCCAGCAGAUGAUGCCAGAAGUGCGGGGAGCCUUGUUUGGUGCGAAUGCCAACAGGAAGUUUUUGGACUAAGCCUCUGGGAGGUACAGGCCACUCAUGGCUCCACUUUUGAAGAAGCAAUUUCCUCAGUAGCUUCCUCUUUGCUGAUGGAUGCACCGAAGGAUCCCCUUCUAGCUAGCACCCUGGCCUAAAGUAAUGGUGCAGGGAGGCUGAGCGCGGCCCCCCCUCCUGGUUCCUCCAGUGUACCACAGCUCUCCGUGGCUUCUGCAGCAUAAAGGUGGAAUCAGAUGGUACCCUGUGGACGUCCCAAGUACUCUGCUGUCCUGCUGCUCCUGCUGCUCCUGGGUCUCUGUAGGGAUGUCCUGCAUGUCCUAUUCCACCCACCCCACCCUCCCCGCUCUCUGGUGUAAUGUGCAUGCAGAGUGUGCAUCUCCCAGCAGUAGUAGUAGCUUACUUGUUCUCAUCUGUAAAUGUGACUUAAAACCUAGGCCAUCCAUAUUCUGUAUUUAUUAAAACAAAACCUUUAUGUGUA